ACAACUGGCACAUAGAAGUUUGAGUUUCACUUUCCAAACGUCACUAGGGGAGGAUCCCAGGAAGCACUUCACCAAAAAUAGCUCUGAACACACCUGAGAAGUUUUCCGGGGAUUUUGCGAAUCUGUUUGAAUUUUAUUGAUUUUCUUUUCUGCCCUAAUAGAGCUCACAUAUGGGCCUUUGCAUGUAGUCUGCAGAGGUUCCAACUGCACUGAAGGACCCUGGUGCAGAACAGGAGCAGGAAGCAGCCCCUGAAGUACUCCACUGUGGGCAGUAGUGUGAACGGUACUGUGGAUCAGUAUUUGCAGAGGUUUUAGUUUGCCACUGGGUCUGUUUUACUGUAACAACCUACACUGGGUCGGGAUGGAAUCCGUGGAACAUGAGGAGCUGCUGCGCUUUUUCCACCGCCACAAAACAGAGAUGUCCCUGAUGGAGAACCCGCAAAUCCUCCUGAACCAGCUGAGGGAUCACAACCUCAUCCCAGAGGACCGAUACAAGAAAGUAAGUCGCAUGAGGAGUAAAGCUAACAUGAAGAACGGCAUGUAUGACCUUCUGGACUGGUUGGAAAGAGAGCGAUCAGACCACAUUGGCCUGUUCUGGAAGUGCGUCUUUAAGGACAGCAUCCGUAACCAAUACGUCACCCUACAAAAGCUACACAUCAGCCUUCUAGAUGGGUCUUUCCAGUUCGAGCCAAAUCUACCUGAGAAAUUGGAAAAGGAAGAGACAGAGAAAAGAAAAAGGAAGGAGCCUUCAGAAGAGGAGAAUGGAAAAGGAAACUCAGUAAAAAAGAAGAAGAAAAAGAAAACGAGGGGUGUAGGUGAAGAGGAUGAUGAUGAAGAGCAGGCUGGUCCGUCUGGUCAGGCGACUCAAAAGAAAAAGUCAAAGAAAUUAUGCUUCUCGUCUCCACUUAAGAGGGGAGAGAAGGGGAACAUCUGGACAUGGGGCAUCUUCAAAAACCAGAUCCCGGUGACCUGUGGAGACAAGGAGGGGUUUCUCAACAGACAGAGACUGGCGAAAGGGGAGAAGUGCAUUGUGGUGGAAAAACAGUGGUACACUCCUGGUGAGUUUGAGAAGUUUGCAGGGAAGGCGAGCUGUAGAAAUUGGAAGCUGAGUAUCCGCUGUAAGGGAACUACGCUGGGAAAACUUAUACAGGAAGGGCACCUGAAAGUAAAGAGCUAUAAACGGAGUACAAAGGCAAAGAAGUCACUCUUGUCUGAUCGGGUCCCCACAGUGUCUGCAGGUGAGGGUGAUGAUGACUUUGAUGAGGAAGAGCAGGAUUCAUCAAGUGACAGACAGAGUUCCACAAACACCACAGAGGAAGAAGACGACGCUGGAGAACAGACUGAGGAACAGUCAGACGACAGGGAAGACGUUCACAAGACAGUGUUCAAAGUCACAUGUGGAGAUGUAGCUGCAACAUUACACAAAAAGCGUUUUGUGUCCGCAGGGAUCUUGGGGAAGUGUAUUCGCACUGAGAAGAGCUGGAUGACCCCAGUGGACUUUGUGAAGGAGGUGUUGUGUGAGACGGAUGUGUCCUGGAAGAAAGACAUCACAUGUGAAGGAAAACCACUUGGUGAUCUCAUAGAGAAGAACAUCUUGUCAUGUCAUUCCCUGUUUUGUGACUGCAGACUGUGUGCACCAGAUUCUGAAGACCUGGAUAACCAGAAAAAUGAUGAUGAGUGUUGGAUCUGUAGAAGUGAAGGAAAGCUGGUGGAGUGUGAUUACUGCCCUCGCUCCUUUCACCAGACGUGUCACCUGCCUCAUGUGGAGGACGCCAUUUUAGAGGAUGAAAGUCUUUGGGCGUGCACGUUUUGUGUUUUCACAAAAUAUAAAGAGUCCUUCUCCUCCAUGGAAACUACAGCAGCUGCUUUGUCCUGUAAUAUAUCAGAACACAUGCAGCAAUGCCAGUAUCUUCUCCUGUAUCUCUACAAUACUGAUCAGCAACAGAUAUUUGCAACAAACCCAACCCUUUAUCUGAGCGACCAAACCACUGUGGUCACGACUCCCAUGUGGUUUGGACGUGUAGCAGAAAAACUCCAGGAGAAACAGUACCAAACUGUUGGAGACUUUGUGUCUGAUGUCCACCUCAUUUUCACCAACUGUGCUUCAUACAACCGAGAUAAUCCUGAAUUCACUGCCAUGGGUGUCACCGUGAAGGAGUUUUUUGACAGAGAAUUUGAGAACGCUUUCAAGAUCCAAGAAGAGACCGCUGACUCAUAGAGACUUCAGUUUUCACACUUGGAAGAUGAGAGGAAAUAGUUCAAGGUUCAAGGUGACUUUAUUUGUACCCUUGGGCAGAUUUGUUUUGCAGCAAGCUUUCACUCACUGCCGGUCGCUGCGUGCGCAUGCACCCAACACAAAUCCUUUG